AGUCCAAAAAGCAAGAACUCAGAAGAUUCCACCUAUUAUUAAUAAAACACCCUUUGCUUCUAACCAAACUAUUUUCACAUUCAGGAAUCUGCAAUUCUGCUGUUCUGCCAUUUCUUCUGAAGUUGGCUUGCUGCUCUCCUUUCUCCUUUCAUCAAAACAACCGUUUCCUCGUCGAUUUAUCACCCAAUACUCACUGCUGUUUCCCAUUUUUUCAUUUUCCUUCUCUCCGUCUCUCCCUCUUGCCAGAAAGCCUUUUACUUAUUUUCGUUUUGGGGAUCACUGAAUUCCAAAAUCCAAAGCUUUCUCAAUCUCUUCACUCUGUAACCCUUUUCUCUUUUUUAUCUACUAUUUCUUCUUCUUUACUAGUAAUCACUCUCCUUUUCCAUUUUCCUGCUUUCUGUUUCUCCUCUCCUCUCCUCUCCUCUCUUCCUGAAAGAAAAAAGAAAAAAAGAAAAGAAACUCUGCUCUUGUUAUACGUCAAACCUUCCAUUUCUUCUGUCACAACAGUUUCAAGCAAAUAUCAAUCUCUUGAGUAUUGUCUUUCUCCUGCUGUGGUUGCUCUAUUAAUUCUUUAUCUGCCUUUGCUCAAUUCUCAUCGUUUUCUAGAAAGAAGUUGGAAAUGGUUGAUAUUGUUAUUUCCGUUGCAGUAGAAGUUGCAAAGUGCCUGGUUGAUCCAAUUAAACGUCAACUGGGUUAUCUCCUUAACUACCGUCGCAACAUUACGGAUCUCAACCAACAAAUUGAAAAUCUCCGUCGUGAAAGGGACGAACUGCAGAUACCUGUGAAUGAGGCUUAUAGGCAAGGGGAUGAAAUCUUUCCUCGUGUUCAGGAGUGGCUGACGUAUGCCGAAGGGAUCAUCCUAGAGAGCAAUGAUUUCAAUGAACAUGAAAGGAAAGCAAGCAAGAGCUGUUUCUAUUUAAAGUCCCGCUACCAACUAAGCAAGCAAGCAGAGAAGCAGGCUGCGAAGAUUGUUGAUAAAAUCCAAGAAGCUCGUAACUUUGGUGGCAGAGUAUCGCAUCGCCCUCCUCCAUUCAGCAGCUCUGCAUCUUUCAAAGAUUAUGAGGCUUUCCAGUCAAGAGAGUCUACUUUUAACCAAAUUAUGGAGGCCUUGAGAAACGAAGAUAUGCGCAUGCUCGGUGUCUGGGGAAUGGGCGGCGUGGGCAAAACCACUCUUGUCAAACAAGUAGCUCAACAAGCGGAGGAAGACAAGCUCUUUCACAAGGUGGUCAUGGUGUUACACAUAUCCCAAACUCCCAACAUCACAGAAAUUCAAGAAAAAAUUGCAAGAAUGUUGGGUUUGAAAUUUGAGGCGGGGGAGGAUAGAGCAGGUCGCCUGAAGCAAAGGUUGAAGGGAGAGGAGAAAAUCCUGGUGAUCUUAGAUGAUAUCUGGGGGAAACUUGACUUGGGAGAAAUAGGAAUUCCUUAUGGAGAUGAUCACAAGGGGUGCAAAGUGCUGCUGACUUCCCGGGAGCGUCAGGUUUUAUCUAAAGAUAUGCGUACUCAAAAGGAGUUCCAUCUUCAACAUUUAAGUGAAGAUGAAGCCUGGAAUUUAUUCAAGAAGACAGCAGGUGAUUCCGUGGAGAAGCCUGAACUGCGUCCCAUAGCAGUUGAUGUAGCUAAAAAAUGUGACGGUCUACCAGUUGCAAUUGUCACCAUUGCAAAUACAUUAAGAGGUGAGAGUGUGCAUGUAUGGAAGAAUGCCUUGGAAGGACUGAGAACGGCUGCACCAACAAGCAUCAGAGGAGUGACUGAAGGCGUCUACUCAUGUCUGGAGCUGAGCUACAACCAUUUGAAAGGUGAUGAAGUAAAGUCAUUGUUUUUACUUUGCGCUUUGCUGGGGGAUGGUGAUAUUUCCAUGGAUCGCUUGCUACAAUUUGCCAUGUGUUUGAAUUUGUUUGAAGGAAUAUAUUUAUGGGAGAAAGCAAUAAAUAGACUAAUUACAUUGGUGGAAAACCUCAAAGCCUCAAGCUUGUUGCUUGACCAUGAAGGAGAUGGUGAUGAAUAUCCGAGCUUGCUUUUUGAUCACGCUUUUGUCAGAAUGCAUGAUGUUGUUCGUGACGUUGCCAGAUCAAUUGCAUCCAAAGAUCCUCAUCGAUUUGUGGUGAGAGAAGCUGUUGGAUCAGAAGAAGCUGUUGAAUUACGAGAAUGGCAGAGGACGGAUGAGUGCAGAAAUUGCACUCGCAUCUCUUUGAUAUGCAGAAAUAUGGAUGAGCUUCCAAAAGGCUUGGUAUGUCCGAAACUUGAAUUCUUUUUAUUGAAUUCAAGUAAUGAUGAUGCUUAUUUGAAAAUUCCAGAUGCCUUUUUCCAAGACACCAAACAACUCAGAAUUUUAGAUUUGUCUAAAGUGUCUCUUACACCAUCUCCUUCAUCACUUGGUUUUCUUUCAAAUCUUCAAACAUUGCGUCUAAAUCAAUGCCAGAUCCAAGACAUAACAGUAAUUGGAGAACUGAGGAAACUACAAGUCCUUAGUUUGGCAGAGUCCAACAUUGAACAGCUGCCAAAUGAAGUGGCGCAAUUGAGUGAUCUAAGGAUGUUGGAUUUGCAGUAUUGUGAAAGCCUUGAAGUAAUUCCACGAAAUGUUAUAUCAAGUCUAUCCCAAUUAGAGUAUUUGAGUAUGAAAGGAAGUUUAAGUUUUGAAUGGGAGGCGGAAGGAUUUAAUAGGGGAGAAAGAAUUAAUGCUUGCCUUUCUGAGCUGAAACACCUGUCUGGUUUGAGGACUUUGGAGGUACAAGUAUCAAAUCCCAGUUUGUUUCCAGAAGAUGAUGUGCUCUUCGAAAACCUCAACUUGACCAGAUAUUCAAUAGUAAUAGGCUAUGACUGGAUACCAAAUGAUGAGUAUAAAGCCUCAAGAAGGUUGGGGUUGCGAGGGGUUACAAGUCUUUAUAUGGUGAAGUUCUUCUCCAAGCUGUUGAAGAGAAGUCAAGUUCUAGACUUGGAGGAAUUGAAUGAUACUAAGCAUGUGGUUUAUGAGUUAGACUAGGAGGGUUUCGUUGAACUCAAGUAUCUCACUCUCGAGGAAUGUCCUACCGUUCAAUACAUCCUUCAUUCCAGUACUUCAGUGGAAUGGGUUCCACCACCUAAUACCUUCUGUAUGUUGGAGGAACUGAUUCUUGAUGGCCUAGAUAACUUGGAGGCAGUAUGCCAUGGCCCAAUUCCGAUGGGGUCUUUUGGUAAUUUAAGAAUUCUAAGACUAAGGUCUUGUAAGAGGUUGAAAUAUGUUUUCUCUCUUCCAGCACAACAUGGAAGGGAAUCAGCUUUUCCUCAACUGCAACAUUUGGAGUUGAGUGAUCUCCCAGAGCUCAUUAGCUUCUACUCCACAAGAAGCAGUGGUACCCAGGAGUCAAUGACAGUUUUCAGUCAACAGGUAUCUUACUACUCGAUAUCUAAUUUCUGCCAUUACUAGUAUUUAUUUACACUACUUUUACACUAAAUAAAUAAAUUCUAAAAAAUAAAAACCAGAAUUAAAAAGUACACUUUAAAACCAAAAUUAUAUAAAAUUUUAGUAAAAAGUAUUUGUACUUGUCUUCCUUCCUUUCUUAUAUUUUCUUAUUUAUCAUACAUUUAUUAUCUUUAUUUUAUUUUUCUGAAUAAAUUUUAAGGCCUAAUCUUCACUUUUCUUUUUUCAUGAAUUUAUUAUGUUAAUUUUUUUAAUAAUUUGAAGGCUUAAUUCAUUCUUUUUUAUUAUAUGAUUUUUUGCUUAACUAUUUUUAACAUAAAUAUUUUUGUUAAUUUUCUUUCAAUAUUAAACUCUCUUUAUUUUCAUGAAAGGAAUAAUUGAUACUCAUAUGGUUUAAAGAAACUUAUAAAUUUAUUUUUGUAUUCUAAACCAAUAGCAAGGGAGAAGAAUCGAUUUUGGAAUGAAUGAAAUACUUAUUAUAAGAGUUAUAAAGUUUUAAAAUAUGAAAUACUUUGUUUAUAACCCAAAAAUAACUAUCACCAAACAAAAUGUAGAAGAAGAAAAAGAUAAACAAAAUAUAGAUAUUAAUAAAAUGACGAGGUUGGAGUUAUUGGAAACCAAUAUUUUAUUUUAUAUUUUUAAUUACAUAAUUUGUGAUAGUAAAUCAAUAUUUUGGUAAAUAUUAGAUAAAAUAUAGUUAAUUUGUUUUUAUGUUCUAAUAUUAUUAAUAUGACCAUUUAUCAAAUCACAUCAAUAAAACCUUUUAAAAAUGAUAAUUAAUUAAUAAAAAAAAGUUAGGAUAAAAUAAUCAUAUACAUAUUACUCCAACAUAUAAAUGCUCUACUUGUUUUAAGUUAGUAAAAUUGUAUUGGAGAAUGAACAAAUGAAAAAUACUAAAACCAAAGUAUUAUAUAAUGAGAAGUCUAUUAGUUUUAGACAAUUAAUAAAAAUAAACUUUCCUUCUAAGUGAGUUUCAAGCUGCUUGUAGUGAGGUCUAGUUUAGUUUCAUAUAAUGUAGAAAAUACGCAGAUAAAAUUAUGAAUUUAUUUUGUGCUUUUUCAUAUUGAC